AUGAGCCACUUCAGCUUUCUGGAGGACAUUGGAGGGCAGUCUGCCACGGUCACAGCUUGUCAGACAGAACUCAGCAUCCCAACUGAUACCGAUAACACCCCGCAGCGCCGUGCGGCGGUGAGGGGGGCGCGGAACCACUUGCCCCGUGGUCCCGGAGGGGGGGUCUCCCUCUGCUUUCGGGGCCGCCGGGACUCGGCAGGCUCGGAGCGGCUCCCCCGGCGAGAGGGCGGGAAACGGAGACCUGGCGGGCGGCCCCCGCCGCUCCCCGCCCCGGGCCGGCCCCCGUCGGACAACGCCCCCGGCCCUCGGGCCGCCGCCCGCGGCAUUUCCUCUGAGCUCAGCCGGCGGCUGACGCGGGGCCGCGUCCGUCGGAAGAGGAAGCCCGGCAGCGGAGCGGCGGCCGGGGCAGGCAGGGGCGCGGCGAGACCGGGGGCAGCAGCGGCGCGGCCCGCGCUGGGGGCGGCCGGGGCGGCGGAGGAGGAGGGGGCCGGCGGGGGCGGGCGCUCCCCGCCCGUGGGGCCGGGCGGCGGCUCCCCCCGCGGCCCGAGCCCCCGCCGAGCCCUGCCCGCCUCCCCCCUUGGCGUGCGCGGCUUCUGGCCGCUGCUCACCGCGCUCUGCACCGCGCUCCUCUGCCUCUACCAGGCGCUGCGCGGCGGCGCGGCCGGCGAGGGCGCGGGGGACGCGGCGGGGCCGGAGGAGGCGGCGGGGUCCGGAGUGCCGCUGCUGAAGGGCUCGGCGCUGCUGCUCCUGGGCUGCCUGCUCGCCCGGUGCUGCGGCGCGGCGGGCGGCGGUGCCCGGCGCGGCGGGGCGCGGUGGGCGGCGGGGGCGCGGCGCGGGGCCCUGGAGCGGUUCCACGAGCGGCAGCUGCGGGUGUCCCCGCACGUGCUGGGCCACAGCAAGGCGCACGUCGGGCGGGUGGUGGCCGAGCUGGUCCGCGCCGCCAAGGCGCAGGGGCUGCAGCCCGGCCCGCUCGCCCUCAGCCUCCGCGGGGACUUCGUUCGCAUCGGCAGCGCCUACGAGCAGCACAAGGUGCGCAGCCCCGACUGCUUCGACAUCCUGGUGCCCCUGCGGCUGCCGCCGCACUUGGAGCCGCAGCCGCGCUGCGCCCACGAGUUGGGGCCCCGCGGCGACUUCGUGUGCGGCCUGCGGGCGAGGGACGGCUGGUCCCGGCGCUGCCGGCCCUUCGCCGAGGGCUUCUGCGUGGAGCUGCAGGGCCGCAGCCACCUCUCCUCGGGGCUGGUGCUGCGCUGGUUCCAGGGCCAUCUGCAGCGCUGCCUGGGCGCCGUGCGGUACCGGCUGCAGGAGCGCUGCCGCAUCAGCCUCUCGGCCUGCCCCGGGCACCCACCCACGCUGCACAUCCUGCCCUGCUCCGACUACGUCUGCUGCCACAUCUCCAUGGCCGUGCGCCUCAUCCCGGCCAUCCCUCUCGGCGACGCGCUCUACCUCACAGCCCUGCCGCCCCAGAACUCGCCGGGUCCCCCGACCCCCGAUGCUCUCUGGGGCCUCAAUGCUUCGCGGCAGGAGCAGCGGCUGCUGGGCUGGCUGAAGGAACAGGCCCCGGCCUCCUCCUGCCACCUCAAGUGCCUGCAGAUCCUCAAGGGCCUGCGGGACCUCCGCGGGCAGGGUCUGGAGGAGCCCUUCUGCUCCCAGUGGGGCCGGGUGCUCUCCUCCUACAUCCUGAAGACGGCUCUCUUCUCUGUGCUGCUGCGGGGGCCCUUGGAGGCCUGGGAUGAACGGUUCCUGGUGGAGCGGCUGGAGGACCUGGUGCUGUAUCUCAGGGACUGCCUGCGCAAGCAGGUGCUGAUGGAUUUCUUCCUGGGCAACACCAGCAUCCCCGAGGCUGUGGCGCUGCCCCGGUUCCUCAAGGAAGCCGCCCCUGUGAACUUGCUGGCUGCCUUCGACGGGCCCACGCUGGACCUCGUGGCCUUCCAGCUGAUCAGCACCUGGAUCCAGGCCCCGCACAUCAUCAGGAUGUACAGCAGUCCCCGGUACUUGCGGCCAGUGCCCUCCCCAUGCGGGCACAUCGCUGAGGCCAAGCAGGUGCCGCUGGCAGAAUGAGCUGGUGUCACCCCGUGGACCCUUCCAAGGCGAUGCACAAUCCCAGCCCAGUGGUCCUUCAAGAGCCUGAGGAAGGUGGAACCUGAUUAAAUGUGGUUCUGUGGUUUUGUCCCUGACCUGAGAAAACUUGGAAUCCGGAGACCAAGACUGAAAUUGUGAUUCUUGUUAUUGAGUCUCGUUGGUUGUACGUGGGAAAAUUGUGAAAUUUCUGGGGAAGUGCCUUAGUGGAAAAGUCUUGCGUUCAGUUGACUUGUUUGCAAACUAACAGGCUCGAACUGACAUUUUUAGAAAGCCACUUUAACUUUUGUCUUAGUGGCAAAAUUGACCUUUUUCUUUUUGAGAUUUGCCUUUUAUGACAGAAAAUCCGUUUGGUAAUUAGAAAUCCUGUAAGUGCAAACAACCCCCUUUCAACAUACCAAGAUGCUCUUAAAAUGCAGUGAGCACUAGAGCAUGGAUGUGGAUCACAGCUUGAAAUGCUCAGUUGCCAUGCUUUAAAUUUCCUGUGUAAUAGAGCACAUUGUGCUGAAUAGAAAUAUAACAUGUUAAUAAGAAAUUGAGGGAAGAAGUGAAGCCUCUCUAGAGGCAAUAUGCAAACGUAGUUGGACAUUGCUGUGUUCCAGUGAGGGUUGUAACAAAGGAUUAAAAUAGAGAUAAAAAGAAACAAUUAGCACUUUAUUUUCACAAAGGCCUUAUUUUUAGGGUAAUUGGCUGCACUAAACAUUGCUAUGGAGGAGGCAUUAGUAUUUUGUUAAAGGAGUGGUGUUUGGAUCAUCCUAAAGAAAACCUUUUAAAGAAAUACUCUGAGGUUCAUUUGUGGGUUCUAGUUGAGUUUUAGUAUUUGUUCCCAUAUUCAAGUAUUAUUUUCUUAGAAUUUGCUUUACCUCAAGGACCAACAACAAAACUAACAAAUUCUGUAUUAUUUUUUGUAACAAACCUUAAAGCAGACCAAAUCUCAGUGCCAAAGCUGACCUGCUGCACCCUCCUGCUCCCUGGUAGGAGUUUGGUGGGAUUUUUGGAUGACUGCCUAACCAGUUGUCUGAUUGUGUCAGUGUUUGAACCAAAUAACCUGACGGGAUUUUUUAGUGCUGUGUCAUAGCAAAUCAUUAUUUUAUUAUGGGAAGGAGGAAACAAAAUAUUUCAGGGUACUUAAAAAUUAUUUAGCACUAAUUUGUGGUACAGUGGUAGUUUUACACCACCGAUUCUGGUGUCCUUUAAGUAUAAACAUCAGGCAGAUGUUUCCACUUCUUGCCUUGUUAUGUCCCAGUUCUGGAAUAACCUGUUGAGUUGUAAUGCAUCCAGCUUUGCAAGUGUCCUUAGCUCCCAGUGCAGGUACCUGCUGUACAGGAACCUGAUGUGCCAGGGUGUCAGCAAAGUCAGAAUUUCAAAUCCUUGCUUUGUUUGGUCACCUGCUCAAGUAUUUGAUGUGUUAAGGGCCAAAAUGUGUUGCUGAAUUGCUGGUGUCUAGGAGUGUGUGCCUUAUGACUUAUUACUGUGUCCUAGGUGAGCACUCUGAAAAGAAUUAUGAAGGACCAAGUGUAACUUCUGGGAAGCUUUAGGAUAACUUGAAGUUACUAAUCUGUUCCUCCUCUCCUCGAUGUACCAGUGUGACUUAUUCACAGCUCUGUGCAUCAGAGCACAAAACAAACAUUUUCAAAAUCUAUGAAGCUUUAUAAAAAUCUAUUUUUCUAAGUGGAAACACUCCCUAGGCAUAUGUUUGCCUACUUCUGUCUAUUUUUUUAACUGCUCUUGCAGUCUUAUUUUCAGGUAAUUAUAGCCUUAGGUCACACCCGCAAGCUGGGUUAUUUUUGUAUUCGAAGCACUGUGCUUCCUUCUACAAAUACAAAUAGUGUAUUUAUAGGUAGUAUUGAUCAAAUGUUCUUUGCACAUGGUAUUUAAGAGUAAGUCAGCUACCUUGGUAUUUCCGGGAUUUUUUUGGUAGCAGACCAUGAUAUGUUCUAUUUUUCCAGACUCGUGUUCCUUGGUAUUUAAAAUAAGAUGCAGUUCUGCGAUCAAAGCCAUUGAAUCUUUUGCCCAAAGAAGAACCAGACGGCCAGCCUAGGGUAUUGUCGCUGCCUGAACUCAUGACAUAAAAGCCCUUUAGCUGUUAAUUCUGGCAUCAUGACCGCUUCAGUCAGCUGUCUGUCAGUUUACAUCACUGCAUCCCUGUCUCUUUCUGAAAAGGUAGAUGCAUAUUUGUUUAGUAUUGUUUAGUAUUGCCACAAUACAGGAAAAUCUUGAAAUAGAUUUGGGAAGGAUUUUCUCAUUAAUAUAUAGUAAGGCCAGGAAAAGAGAUUGGCAUUGGAAAACGCAUGACAGAGAUGGUGGAGAAUGUAAAUAGUUUAGAAAAUGAAAGUUGAGCUGAGGGAUGAGGAUGAUGGUAAACUCUCAGUGAAGAAAUGCUGCAAACAAGCCAAAGAACACAGGGUAAAAUUGGAAGAGAGAUACUGAAAACAAUCAGAUUUGGAGUGUAGGGAAAAGAGAUUAAGGUGGGUUUUGCUUUGACAGUAUUUCCAAAGCAGUUGAAUCAGGAUGAAAAGUGAGGCAAACCCUCUGUUUUUAGCCAUGCAGGCAGAUCUUCAGUGUGCGUUUAUGCUCAGCAAGGCAUUUUUGAGUUUGUGAUGGGUGGUGAUGGGAGAAAACUUCAUGUGUUUGCUUUCACCUUAGGCUUGGGUGAACUUUCUUGAAGAGGGAGGGCAUCCUGCCAUAAGGCAAUGCGUGUGCAGGUGGUGAGAGGUCUGAGAAAAUCUCUUGGAUUGGAUUAACUUGUGUCUCAGUUGUACAAUUGAGAUACUAAAUGUAUUUUUCUUGUCUGCUCUAAAGCAUGCGUUCAUGAAUACGAUCGACAAAAGGAGCUGAUAAAAGUUGGGUCCUGUUACAGUGUCCAUCUUACUCCACAGCAGGUGGACAGCACAGGUACCUGCAGCGUGCUGGAGCGGUCAGAGGGCCUUAUCUGCAAGGAGGUGUAAAGAGAACUUGACCCAUAUGAGUAAUCCUGUGGGCCUUUUGCCUUCUUCCUCCCCUCCUAGCCCAUGGGUAGUGCACACAGAACGAGGUUCUGAGUACCUGUUUUUCAAGGUUGUGGCUGUUAUAAUGUACCACAGGUUCAGAGUGGUUCCCUCUGUGCGUGUAAACUGAAACACAAACACAGAGGAAAGAGCAUGUUAUUUACCCGUAAUGUGAGUUCUUGGUUCUCUUACCUGCAACCUAGUUUUGACUGUGCAAAUGAAGUUGUUCUAUUGAACAUUAAUUGGGAAGAGGAAUCACACCUGAAAGAGAAUUAAGUUUAUUUUCAGUACCAAAAUUCAUAUAUGUGAUUUCAUUUUGCAUUGAAAAAUGCUGUGUAUUUCUCAAAGGCAUUAUUGUAUUUUAUCUGACCAAAUAUCUUGCAAACAUUCCUCUUGAUUUUGAAUCUCUGCAGAGUAAUGUAAAUUUUAAGUGUCUGUUUGUAAUGGACAUUCUUGGUACAAUUAUUUUUUUCCUGGUUAAUCAUAAGACCAAAGAUUAAACUGAAGUGUUCAGCUGCUAUUGUUUUGGUUUGUUUUAAAGUGUUUAAAGGCUCAAAGUGUCAGCCCAUUUUAAUGAAACGUUUAUAAAUUCAUUUCCUAUUUAAUACCAAAAUACAUUUGCACUUUUAUUGUUUCCAUAAAAAGUUGGUGGUUUUGUUUGAAUAUUUCACUGUAGUAAUAAACAGCUGUGUUAAAGCA